AUGGACCAUUCAGUCAUUCAUUCAAUGGUGGUGACCUGUCAACAAAAAAGUGUCAGCGUCGUCAGAAACAAGAAAAGCGAAUAGAUUUCCAGACAAUCAAGACUACGUUGGCAAAAUUUAUUUAUAAUGGCAGACAAAAGGAAAACUAAAAAACGUAAAGAGGAGUUUGGAGAUGUGCCCGAGUCGGAGAAGGCCACCAGCGAGGAGUACGCUGUGGCCAAGUGGCUAAAGGCUAACGUGCCCACAAAGAAGACCAAGUUCUUAAACCACCAUGUGGAAUAUUUUACUGGCACAAAAGCAGUGGAUGCACUGUUGACGUCAAAAUGGGCGACCGGCAAGAAUCCGGUGUUCACAACCAGGCAUGAAGUGACAGACUACCUACAUCAGAUGCUAUUACACAAACUGUUUCACAGAGCUAAAAAGGUUCCUGUGACCGAACAAGAGUUGAAAGGGAAAUCUAAGAAAAAGGAGUUAGAGAAAUCAAGUAAAAGUGGCGAUGAAAAAGAUGGAGAGAAGAGUCAGGCCAGCGCCUGUGAGGGCAAGGACACAAAAGACACAAAAGAAAAAGAGAAGAAGAAACGCAAGAUUCGCCUAGAAAUGCACAUGGAGCAAGUAUUCCUGGACACCCUGGACGCGUACGUGUGGAUCUACGACCCCAAGCCGUGGUACUACUGGCUCUGCGGCGUGCUCGUCGUGGUCGGCACUAUCACCGUCUGCAUGUUCCCGCUGUGGCCCGCUACUGUCAGAAAAGGCGUAUACUACCUAAGCAUCGCAGCUGCCGGCUUCCUCGUCACCAUCAUCGGUCUGACGGUGCUGCGGGUGGUGGUGUUCUGCCUCGUGUGGAUGCUGACGCUGUCCAGGCACCAUCUGUGGCUGCUGCCCAACCUGACCGAGGAUGUCGGCUUCUUCGCAUCCUUCUGGCCGCUUUAUAAAUACGAAUACCGCCCCGGUACCGACUCGGAGAAGUCUUCUAAGAACAAGAAGAAACGUAAGAAAGACAAACAAUCGGACGACGAGGGCGAGAAGACGCCGCUACUUGAGGAGAAGUCGGCGGCCGACGCUAGUGUGCCGGCAGAACGGACUAGUGAGGUUCCUGUUGAUACUAAAUCCGAACAAGAACCAUCAACGCCCCCAGCCGACAAGCAAUCGGAAUCCGAAUCCGAGAACAGUCAGCGUUCGUCCACCGACCGCGACUUCGAGAUCGUCGAACCGGCCGACCUUGAACAAGCUGACCUUGAACCAGCUGACCUUGAACCCGAUAAAGACGAGCGCGCGUAAGAGUGGGAGAUGUACGAGGUGGGUAUGGUAUGUUUGUAUGGGGUUAAAAGGAGGAAAUGGGGAGAAAAUUCAAGGUCAUUUGUUCAAGAUUUUAUUUAUAAAUACAGGGGGUUCUAUUUUGUGCCAGGAUGCCAAUUCUUGUUUUGGACUCGAUGUUUGUGAUGCAUUUAUUAUUUUUUUAUUGUUAAUAAUAAAUCUUGUGUAUUGUCUUCAGUGUUUUUCACACUAAAUUAGCGUCUCUUUUUAUUUUAAUACUCGAAUCUGUCUUUCUUUCUAUUUUUAUUUUAUCUGAAAUAAAUACUUACCUAUUUAGGUAUAUUGAAAAGUUAUCUCUGGCACUGAAAUUCUAUCCAUUCAGGAAUACAGUAAGAAUUGAACCUUAAAAACUCCUUACAAACGUACCAUCACGACAUCCUCAGAAUAUGUGAGACUGUAGAAAGUUAGGUUAUAUUAGGGUAAAUUCCGAGUAUUUCCUUAUAUAGGUAAUGUCACUUAUCCAAUAUCAUGUGUUAUAAACAAGCAAUUUAACGCAUUUGGUUAGUGAUUAAUAACAAAAAAAAAUGUAUGACUGUUUCACUAAAGGGAUCUGAGCUUUUAUUUAGCAGGAUUUUCUCGAAAAUCUAUGUUAAAAGUGUCCUAUAAGUUUGGCAACACUAAGCUAAAUUUUUGCUCUAAAAAUCCCAAUUAAAAAUACCAGAAAAAAUCUAUGGUUUUACCAAAUAAUCUUAAACCAAAAGAUCUGAAGUGAAACGGGCAAAAUGUUACAUAGAUUUUACUGAUUUUGUUAGCAUUGCAUUUUUUGGUUUAUAAAAAUAAUAUUUAUAAAUUAUUUAUCUGUAGUGUAUACAGCUUUUAUCAACUGUAGCUCAAAAUUAAUUUAGUUUUGCAAGUUAACAAAAUCGGUAUAAUCUUGUAUCGAUCAUAACUCGAUUAUAAUUCAUUCUCAAUUCGCUCUCUCGAUGUAAAUGAAAGAGAACGAAUGAAUGACGAAUCGAUGUGAAGAUUGUGACGUAAUUGAUUUUAGACGAAUUAAAAUGACUUACACUUGACCGGAGAUUGCCGAAGUAAUGCGGAAACCCCCGAAUAAGAUAACGCCAUUGUCCUAGCGCCUUAUAAUGCAAAGUAAGCUUUACGACUCUUCAAAUAGGGUUCAUUUUGCACUACGCAUAGUGACGCAUAUAACGUAUCCCGAUCGGUAGGUAGCUUUCGGCAAUGUUCGGCAACCUUCGGCUCUUGUACAAAGGGGGAAACGCGCCGUAUUUGUGCAAUUAUGUUUUAAUUUUGCAUACAUUUUAUUGAUGUUUGUUAUGUCCGUCGGUUUUGUAGUUCAGACCGAUUAUGACGGCUUGUUAUACGAAAAUGAUUCUUAUUUAUUUCGCGUAAGAUUGAGAUUCGAAUAAACAAAUUCAUGGUAAUAUUAUUCUUGAAUAUCUGAUGUCAUUAUUACACAUUCCGAUUAUAAUUAAUAACAUGUUUUGACCAUGUCUUCCGUGUUCGCAAAAAAAAUAUGUUUUCUAUACCUAAAAGAAAUAAAACUGUAAUGACACCAGUAUAAAGGCCGAUACACAUUUUGAUGGAUGUUAAGUUGAUUAAAUACUAUUAAAGUGUGUGUCUGCUUUAUUUAAAAAGUAUGAAAUAUGAUAUUAUUUUCGUAUACCAAUCCGGUCUACACGGCUCUUUUAAUAUUUUGGUGCUGUCUACAAAUUUGUGAAUAAUAAUUAAUAUUUAUUUCGCGUAAGCGUUGUACGCGGUAUUUUUUAUUUAUGUGCAUUUUUUCCCACAAAUACAAUGUGUUUUUGUAAAUACGCUGGCACUCGUAAAAUGAUCUAAUGAUUUUAUUGACUGGGUGUAUCAUGUUAAUCAACGGUAUUUCAAUAAAUGAUACUCUUUUUA